GCCCACCUCGCUGCUCACACCCCCGGCCCGCCACUCCCUGAAGAGCUGCGGAGACCCACCUCGAACAGCUCGGCCGUCGUGGCCAUCCCGGCCGGCUGAGAGGCUCGCCUCGUACUGGAUGCCGUCUCUUCUUCACAUGCUGCGCCUCAGCGGCGCCGCGCACAGGUCUCUGCUCGGCUCGCCAGCUCCGGCUCCCGGCCGCCGCGGGCCGCCCCGCUCCCCGCAGAGCCCAGGCGGGGCGGGAAAGCGGCCAUGAAGCGAAGCCGCAGACGCCUGUCAGCUGCCUCCCGGCGCCGCCCGCGCCGCUCCCAUUGUCACCGCCUCGUACGCCGGAAGUGGAGCUGCGCGCGCCCGGGUGGCUGUUGGGAGGGGCCGGCAAGGGGGAGAGCAGCAGGCGAACCGCGAAGAGCCUCCCCGCGCAGGCGAGUGAGGCAUCAUGAUCCUUGCGGGCUACCGUCCCGGAAGUGGACUCGAAAGGAAGAAAGUAGCAGGGUUGGUGGGGAUAAAUAGAUUUCCGGAGGUUUUAAGGGCGGAUUCACAGAACUUUUUGUGGCGUGUGUUGUCCAGCGCGGACUCAGAGGUUUUAGUGACUUCACCUGAAGGAGUUAGCUUCUCUGCUGAGCCCGACCUGUCUGUGGUGGGGCAGAAUGUGGCUCUAGUUGCGUGAGCCUCGGGGCUUCUGGUAAAAGAAAACGCCUGAGAAAGCCGGUCUGCGCUCUUCUUCGGUGGCCACCUUAGCGAAGAGCUGAUGUCUUAGUGGCUUAUCAUGGCCCAGCGGGCAGUGUGGCUCAUAAGCCACGAACCGGGAAGUCCACUUUGUGGCACCGUCAGAUUCUCCAGACGGUAUCCAACUGUUGAAAAAAGAGCCGAAGUCUUCAAUGGAGCAAGUUAUGUGCCUGUUCCUGAAGAUGGUCCCUUCCUUAAAGCACUGCUUUUCGAACUGAGAUUAUUGCGUGAUGAUAAGGACUUUUCGGAGAGUCGUGAUAGCUGUUCACACAUCAAUAAAACAUCCAUUUAUGCACUCCCGAUAGGAGGUGAAGAACUCUGGCCAGUUGUUGCUUUCAUGAAGAAUGGCAUGAUAUACGCUUGUGUUCCACUGGUUGAACAAACUUUAUCCCCUCGUCCACCAUUAAUUAGCAUUAGUGGAAUUUCACAAGGCUUUGAACUUCUUUUUGGGGUACAGGGUUUUCUUUACUCAGGUCAAAAAAAUGACAGUGAGCUAAACACAAAAUUGAGCCAGUUGCCUGACUUGCUUCUACAGGCUUGUCCCUUUGGCACUUUGUUAGAUGCCAACUUACAGAAUUCAUUGGAUAGUAUUAAUUUUGCUUCUGUUACUCAUCCACAAAAACAGCCGACCUGGAAAGCUGGAACAUACAAAGGAAAACCACAGGUUUCUAUUUCUAUCACUGAAAAGGUAAAAUCCAUGCAAUAUGAUAAACAGGAUAUAGCAGAUACAUGGCAAGUCAUUGGAGUUGUCACUUGCAAGUGUGAUUUAGAAGGAAGUAUGCCAAAUGUUACCAUCAGCUUGAGUCUCCCCACCAAUGGAUCUCCACUUCAGGAUAUUCUGGUUCAUCCUUGUGUGACAUCUCUCGACUCUGCCAUUCUGACCUCUAGUAGCAUUGAUGCAGCAGAUGAUUCUGCAUUUAGUGGGCCUUACAAAUUUCCACUCACUCCACCUUUAGACUCAUUCAACUUAUGCUACUACACUUCUCAGGUCCCUGUGCCACCAAUUUUGGGUUUUUAUCAAGUAAAAGAGGAAGAAGUACAACUAAAAAUAACAGUUAAUUUAAAACUUCAUGAAAGUGUGAAAAAUAGUUUUGAAUUCUGUGAAGCUCAUAUACCUUUUUACAACAGAGGUCCAGUCACACAUGUGGAAUACAAAGUUAGUUUUGGCCAGCUUGAAGUAUUUCGAGAGAAAAGCUUAUUGAUCUGGAAUAUUGGACAGAAGUUCCCAAAAUCAAUGGAAAUUAGUCUUUCUGGAACUGUAACUUUUGGAGCCAAGAGCCAUGAAAAGCAGCCAUUUGACCAGAUUUGCAUUGGAGGCACAGCGUAUUUAAAGCUUCAUUUUAGGAUCUUAGAUUAUACACUCACUGGGUGUUAUGCGGAUCAGCAUUCAGUUCAAGUUUUUGCAUCAGGAAAACCAAAAAUAAGUACAUACCGGAAACUAAUUUCUUCUGACUAUUACAUCUGGAAUUCUAAAGCUCCUGCUCCAGUAACAUAUGGAUCAUUAUUACUAGUCCGCUGCCACAAUUAAAGAAGAAACAGCUGCAUUUCAAAGGGAUUCCGAUUCCAGAAGCUUAAUCGUGAUUGACAUGUUCUUAUUCUAAGCUAUAAGACACUCUAAGAGUCCUUUCUUGGGUUAAAACUUCAAUCAUUUUCUAAAAUAUUCUCUCGCUAUGGAUUUUAUUCAUUUUCUUUGAUAACUAUUCUUUGCAUUUUUUAACUUGAAAGAUGCUGUGUGUUUGCACUGAAUAUGAGCACCUACUUCCAGUUAAAGGUUUGGAUGGUGUCAGACCGCUGGAUGCAAAAUUGCUAAAUUCCCUUUAGUGCCAAAAUAUGAUUAUGAAAUCUGAUGUCUAUCAUAUGGGUAAUUAUUCUUCAGUAGAUCCAAAAUGUACAAAAAGUGUUACAUUUCUGAAAAUGUACUCAAACUUUUUAAAGUCAGCAGUACCCUUAACAGUGUAAGACAAUCCCCUUACAGUGGUGGGCAUUUUUUACCUUUUACUUUUUAAAUAAUUGAUUCAAAUGUCAGGUUUGAAGUAAAUAGCCUUAUCAGGAAUUCUUAAAUUUUAAAAAAAAUUUUUAAUUAAGCAUUAGUCUUACAAAAUUAAUUUUUUCACACCAACUCAAUAUUUUCAGUGAGUUAAAAUUGUGGUUUUAUAUAUACAUUGUAUGAUUUAAGAUAUUUCAAAGCACAAUUUAAUACAUAGAACAACUACUAGUAUUUUUCUUCUAGUUUUUAUUAUAGUAUUUCAGAAUCCUUUAUAGAUAUUCAUGGACUCCUGCACCACCCCUGGGAGGAAGGUAGGUCGAGUUAUCAUCCAGAGUCUCUGCAGGGACCGCUGCCACAGCAGAAUGGUUGUUUCUAAGACAAAGGUCAGAAAAGGGAUGUUAAUAAACAGUUCUCAGGUUUAAGGGACUUUUUUAGGAUUACAUCUUAAAUUCCAACAAAUCAGAUUUAGGAGUUACUGAAAGUGAAAUUGAUCCAUCCCUCAUCCAAACUUUGCAAUACUUUCCUGUUCUGACAUCAUUUAGAUAGUUAGCUGUAUUAUCAGAUUAGAAACCAUUGUACCAGGCUGCUGAAAGGAAAAGGAGGCAAAAAGCUAAACAUGGGAUGAAUUCUGAACCUUUUAACCUGGCUGAAGUACGUAGGUCCCUGUUAUGCAAAUACCUUCAAUCCUCUGCUAAGUUCAGUGGAAAUAAUUUUCUUGAAUGACAGGUUUAUUCAGCAAGGAUUCAGUUGGUGAUUAAUCCCCCUUUGAUCUAGGGUAUUUCACUUAACUACCAGUUACCUCGUUCUGACAAAGUGCAACUGAGAUUAGGGAGAUCACUAGAACACUACCAGGGUGUGCGUUUAUUCUCUAUAACCUUUUAAAGCAAGGGCCAAGAAUGCAAUUUAUUUUCAGUAUUUGAAGAUGUAAAAGUCCUGUCUGCUAAGUUAGAAAGUCAAUUGAAUACCAAAUGAAGUUUAGUUCUUAUGUAAUAGAACAAACAUUUCUUUUUACUUUGCCUAACAAUGAUUUUAGAAAACAUAGGCUUUGAAGAAACAAAGACUACAGUUUAAGUAUAUCUUCUAGUUUUGUUUCAUAUACUAGAGUGUAUAUUUAUUGGCCCUGAGAUAACCCAAAAAUCAAAGCUACAACUUACGCUGAGAAAAUGCUUCUAUUUUAUUCAACUGCACAGUUUCUCCCCAUCUGCCUCCAUUAAAAAAUGUCAUGGUAUGUGGUAAAGAAAUCCAAUUUGGGAAAACAUGUCGCAGUACACAAUUAUUCAUCUUAAGACUUGUGAUUUCAAAGCUUUAUUUAACUUUGUCCUUUCUUGAAAAAGAGCUUGUUUUGUUCCCAUGAUGAAUCAAGAUUUUUUUCAUAAAAGUACCAUUACAAAAAUACUUCAAACUGAUUAUUUUAAGUUAUCAAAAUAACCAUUUCGACAGUACUGUUUACUAUUUUUUUCUGCCUUUUUCUCAUUUAACUGGGUACCCUUCCUCCAUAACUUUAAAGUUUGAACUAUUCUAUGAAAUUUUGCACAAUAUUUGAAGAAUAAAAUUGUAAGAUGUGUUUCUUGACUAGUUUUAUUAUUAUAGACAGCAUUUUUUAAUGCUUUGUAAUUGUUCAUUAUUCUAGUAUCAGUUUGCAAGUUAUGUAUUUGGAUAAUUUUCUUAUACCUUUUUUUUGGCUCAAACUUUUUGUGAUCCAAUUUCUAAAUUGAAACAGUGACUCAAAUAAAUGCAUAUCUAACUUAUGUUUAUGCCAAAUGAACAUCUCUAGUUUGAAUUUAGUAACCAAAAUGUUUCUAAAUAUCUUUUGAUAGCAAGUUACUUAACCAUGGUAAAAUUGAGGAUCAGAAAAAAUAUAAGAUGGAAGGCAGGAUCCCCUGGCCAUGUUGCUAAGAAACUAGUAUUUUUAAUAAUUAACUUACUCUGUGCAGUAAAUUUUUAGUUAAUAAAAUGUUGCAAUAUAUCUUGAAAUACGCUAUCAGAGAAAAUAUAUUUAUGUAAAGCAUAGAUGUAUGUGUGUGGGUAUUUAUAUAAUGUUUUAUGUUAGUGUGUACAACUUGGUGGGUUUCCCUAUGAAAUAUUUCAUUAUGUCAGAGGAAGAAGAAUAUUUAAAGUUAAAUAUUCAAAUGUUCUCCCUGCAAACACAAUGUUAGUCAGUAGUAAUGAGGAGGUGCAUAAAAUGAAUAUUACCAAAGAACUCUUGAGGUUACUCUUAUAAAAUGGUUAAAACUCUUAUGAGUUGAAAGCUUUUCAGCUAGCUUCUAGGUUUUUUUCCAACAACAGUUUUAUGGAUAUGAUAACAUUAUCGUCUGUAUAUAGCCUGGAGCAAUGCAAUGCCUUAUCUGUAUUACUAAUUUACUGCUUUGUAAGCAGGUUACUUUGAGGUCCAGGUUGACUUUUCUCAGGCCCUGGCCAAUCUGUGUAAUUGAUGGUAGUGUGGUGUUAAUAUAUGAUGCACAGCAUUUACAUAUUGACGGAUGCCCUGGGGUGGAAACCACCUGCUGAAUUGUUUUUCCAGUAGGACGUGAAAAUUUGUAUAUCUUAAUACUCCAUUAAACAUUUAAAAUCAAA